UGCUCCGGGCCAGCGUUGAGACUGGCCCUCCUCCUCAUGUGCUGUAAUGUGAGCUGCGCUCGGUGUAUUUUGGGAUGUUUCACACAGAGCGGCACAAAGACACGUUUCCAGGCGGAGGCCCAGCCUGAGCAGAUGUUCCUGCUCCGAGAGGAGGAGGAGGAGGAGGAAGAGGAAGAAACAGAGAGAAGGGGAGAAGAAACAAAAGGAGGAAAAGAGAGAAGAGCAGGAGAAGUCACGCUGAAGUUCACUGGCACAGAUUUUCGGUUGUGAGGCGAGGAGGAGGAGGAGGAAGAGGAGGAGGAAGACAGCCCUGAGAUGGCUCCUCAUACAAACCGCUGCAGUGUGUGCACACUCAGCUGCCGGCCCUCCUGACGCCCCUCGGACAUGGCUGAAGAUGUCCGUGGAUUCUGAUACCUCCUGUGUGCUCCUGUCGGCUCGAGACUCCCGAACGUCCUGCAUCUUCCAGACGGCUGACGAGAAAGAUGAGAUCCCGACGGAGGAGAGCGUCCUGGAGAUGUUGAGUUUCUCCAAGUUCUCGGACCUGGAGACGUGGCUCUGCAUGCCGUCCUCGCUGCUGCUGCCGCGAGCGGCGGACUCGUCCACCUCGUCCUCCUCGCGUGCGUCCCGCCGCUCGUCCGACUCCCCGCCGGGCUCCUCCUCCUCCUCGCGGCGCUCUACCUGCAGCGAGCCGAGCGAGGCCGCCACGCCGCUCAGCUCCUCCGUGUCGUCGCCCGCUCCGGGGAAUGGCGCCACCUUGCUGUCGCCGCCGCCGCCCCUCCUCACCUCCACCCCCGCCCCCGUCUCAUCGGCGGGAGACUCCGCCUCCCCUCGCGCCGGCGUCAACAUCAGGAAGCGGCGUCGGCUCGCAGCCAGUCCCGGCGGACUCCACUGGACCUCUGCAGGUUCGGUGCAGAGGGACUUCUGGUCACCUGAUCCCCCUCCUGGAUCCAGGGGGAGCCCGACAGCAGCGGCGGGAGCAGCAGCAGGUGCGAGGAGCCUGCCGAUGUGCGGGGUGGGCGGGGCCUCGGUCCCGUGGUCCGGCGAGCGUCCAGUCCUGAGGAAGACGGUUUCUGUGGACGAGCGUCUGCUGCAGGCGGCGUACGGCGAGCAGCGGCCGCCAAGACUGCUGAGCCGCCUGGAGAGAGGCCGCAGGAAGCUGCGCAGCAUCCAGACCCUAAACACUGUGGGAAGAUACGACGCCAGAAAAAAACGCCUGUCGGCCAUUAUGACCCAGCAGAUGCAGAACCUGCAGCUGUCUCAGAGCAGGAAGUGCCCCGGCGGGCCCGCCUCCCCCAGCGCCGCCAAGCGCCUCUACCGCAACCUGUCGGAGAAGCUGCGGGGGAGCACCUCGUCCUUCGAAGAUGCUUACUUCUUCGGCAAGACGGAGCGCCUCCGCAAGGCCUCGACCAUGCAGGGCAGUGAGUGCCUCCUGGAGGCGGUGGAGCAGCAGGACCUGGACUCGGUGCAGAUCCUCCUGUACCAGUUCUCGGCAGAGGAGCUGGACCUGAACACGCCCAGCAGCCAGGGCCUGACGCCGCUCGACAUCGCCGUCAUGACCAACAACACGCCCAUCGCCAAGCUGCUGCUGAAGGCCGGCGGCAAGGAGAGCCCCCACUUUGUGAGUGUGGAGAGUCGAGAGGCUCACCUGCACCUCCUGGUGGAGGAGGCGGAGCAGCGCGCGGCCGACCUGGCGGCCCAGGCCCAGAGGGACGGCCUCUCGCUGGAAGCCUGUCACAAAGACAAACAGCUGAGGAGCUGGGAGUGGAGGAGCAAGCUGUACAAGCGCAUGAGGACGGGCUUCCAGCACGCACGUCCCCCGGAGGCCCCGUCCAUGGUGCGUCUGAGCGUGAGCAGCAGCACCUCGCUGACCGUCACCUUCCAGGAGCCGCAGUGUCUCAACUCCACCGUGGUGACCAGGUACCGAGUGGAGUGGAGCUGUCUGAAGGAUUUCUCUCUUCUAGCUGGCGAUUUAGUUUUGGAUAAUCUGCAGAAUCUGAAGUGCAUCAUCAGCGGCCUCACCACGGGCCGGAUGUACUUUGUCCGGGUGUCCGCGUACAACAUGAAGGGUUGGGGUCCGCCCGCCUGCUCCCUGCCUCCGUCUGCAGCUCCAUCCAACUGGAGGGAGAGCGACGGCCGGGAGCCCAGGAGGCGGGGCCACAUCGAGGCCAUGGAGCGCCUGCUGCAGCAGGUCCGAGCGACACACACACACUACUGCUGCGGAGACUCCUCCAAGCUACAGAACCCCAGCAGGAAGCAGUCGGUCUCCAGAAGCCUCAAACAUCUGUUCAACUCCUCCAACAAGUUUGUGAAAACACUGAAAAGGGGGAUCUACCUGGCUGCUGUCUUCUACCACAAGGACAGUUUGCUGGUGACGGCCGAGGAUCAGAUCCCCAUCGUGGAGGUGGACGACUCCUACAGCAGCUCGCUCAUGCAGGACUUCCUGUGGUUCACGAAGCUCUCCUGUAUGUGGGAGGACGUCCGGUGGCUCCGACAGAGCAUGUCCGUGUCCAUGUCGUCAUCGUCCACCCUGCAGGCCCGACACAAGAUGCUCACUGCCGCCGGCCAGAUGCAGAACCUCCUUGGGACUCACAACCUGGGCCGGGUCCACUACGAGCCCAUUAAGGAUCGCCAUGGAAACGUGCUGCUGGUGACCAUCAGGGACACGGAGAGCCAACACUCGCUGUUCAGUGGGAAGUGGAUGCAGGUGACCAAACUGCAGAGCCAGAGGAAGUCUCUGUCCACGCCCGAGGAGCCGUACGCCCUCGAUAUCCUCAUCAUCACCAUACAGGACAUCCUGGCCUACCAGCGGCGCAGCACCCACCGUCUGGCCCCGGGUCUGUACCUGGGCUACCUGAAGCUCAGCAGCUCCGUGGACCAGAUUAAAGUCCUGGUGUCACAGCGGAGCCCCAACAUGCUGUGUCACAGCCGCAUCCGAGACAACGCCAACGUCUCCAGGGAGGAGUGGGACUGGAUACAAAAGCUUUCGGCUGCAGGCGAGACCGAUCACAGCGGGGAGGAGGGGGAGGAGGCGGAGCCACGGCCAGAAAGCCACGCCCCUUUGCUGUUCUACGAGUUGCAGACGGCCAUCAAGUCCCUGCUGAAACACAUCAACCUACCUCUGCACCAGGCACGUCACUUCCGUCUCUACAGUCAGGAGGUGGUGGAGCUCGGCCACGGCGUCUCCUUCCUGCUGCUGCUGCCGGCUGCGGACGACGUCUGCUCCGCCCCCGGACAGUCCAACCCCUACACGCCACUGUCAGGCUUCCUGCACCUCCCCAUGCAGAUGUUCGAGCUCGUGCACUUCUGCACCUACAAGGAGAAGUUCAUCAGUCUGUACUGCCGCCUGUCCUCCGUCCUCGACCUGGACGCCCUCAUUACCCAGCAGGCACUGCGAGAAGCCAUCACAGACGCAGAGGUGACCACAGCCAAGCAGAGGCACCAGCUCAUCCUCGACUACAUCCAGCAACUGGAUGAGAUGCGUCGUGACCUGCGGUGGAUCACAGACGCACUGCAGUACGCUCGCUACAAGCAGCCGCGUGGCGGCGUGCCGAUCACCUGCCUGGUGGACGCCAACGCCCCGGAGAGCGAACCGGGCCAGAAGAGCGACUCCACCUCCUCCACCAUGGACUUCCUGCCCACGCCGUCACCCUCGCCAGAGCCUCGCCGCAGGAAGGCCGUCGGCGACUCUCAGCCCGGCUCCGACGAGGACGGCUUCUCCGAGGUGUUCCUGCCCACCGACAGCGACUACGACUCCAGCGACGCCCUGAGUCCCCGCGAGCUCGACCUGCUCUACUCCCCUGACCUCUCCCAGCAGGCCGUGCACGCCCUGGGAGGCAGCGCCCCCGACGUGUUGCAGAUCCACGAGCUCAGGUACAGCAUCUGCUCGUCCAAAGACCCGCCGCUCUCCCCCGCAGUCCGGGAUCUGAGAUCAGCAGACACCCCCUUGUCCUCCCCCCUCCUCCCCUCCUCCCCGUCCCUAUACAGGACCCUCCCCACCUCCCCCUCCCUCCCUCUGCCCCUCACCCUCCCCCUCUCCCCGGCGCUGUCCGACACUACCAAGACCCUGGAGGGCCUCUCGCUCUCCCGGGGCCACCAGGAGGGGGCCGCCUCCCUCCGGGCCCUCGCCAACCCUCCCGCCAAACGCAAGCUGCUCUCCAGGAGCCACCGGGGCCAGUACUUCAGCGGGCCGCAGCGCUGGCUGCGUGGCCACAGCGGAGAGACCCACUCCUUAUCCGAGGGCGUCUACACAAAACAGCCGGACCUGGACCUGCCCCCGCAGGGUGACCCCACCCCCCCGCAAGGCACCACCUACAUCAGCCACGCCUCCUGUGUGCUGGAGAACCGCAAGGUCCGCCAUCGCGAGCCCCGCCCCCACGUCCGCAGGAUCUUCGUGGAGCCCUGCAAGGAGCUGUCGUCGGGCCUCGAGCGAAGGUGUCGGGAAGAGGCGACGGAGAGGGUGAGGGGUGCCGGCGUGUCGGUGGUGGUGGAGGGGGAGGAGCCUGAGGGGGCCGCCGCCCAGGAAGUAGACUCAGAUGAUCAGACCAACGCUCAGGUGUCUGAGAUCCUGAGCAGCACGCUGUAGGAGGCCACAGGGACUAUCUGCAAAAACCCAUCCCGCCGCACCCAGCAGAGGGAGGCAUAACCCGGUCCCCAUGCCUUCUCUGAAGCCCCGCCCCUCCACAGCCCCGCCCCCUCUCAGACCGCUCAGACUGGACUUUGUAAAAGUUGCUGGUUCAACUCCGCCCUGUCCUCAGCACCCGAUGGCUUCGACUGUUACCCCGAAACUAUCAAUGCAACGACACACCGAGCGCCUCCCAGCUGAGCCUUGCACACCACCAAAAAUAGGAGAACACAGAGCAGGAGGAGGAGGAGGAGGAGGAGGAGGAGGUGUUUCUCCUGCCAUCUCUUCAGAAUUCUGUUGUUCUGUCAGAAUAUUUCAGCAGCAUGAAUCUACUUGAAGUCAAUGUGAGGUUUGUUCUGUUUGUGGUUUCCUGUGUCAUGUUUCGACCCAGCAGCUCCUGAUUGGUCAGUCAGAUCCUGAUUGGUCCGUCAGAUCCUGGUUGGUGCAUCUAGUCUUGAUUGUUCCGUCACUUUGAAUUUAUGAUCCGUCCUGAGAAAAACAGUAUUUUUGUAUCCUGGGUGGGAUGCUGGACCUGAACUGUAGGUGGAGCUGUUUUGUUUUGGUUUUUUUCUGUUUUAACGUUACAAUUUUGUGGGCAUGAAGUUUGUCGUCGUGGGUUUGUUUGUGUUUUGAACCGGACCGUUUCGUCUGGUUCAGCAUGACCGUGUCGGCCUUCAGAUCGUGUUGUUGUUUCGACUCCUGCUUUGGCCCCGCCCACUUUCAACAGAAUCGUCCACCGCAGCUUGCCUCGUUUUCCUUCAAGACACGAGGCACUCCACUUUAGACUGAAGACUAUUGACAUUAAGUUUAAAUUAAAUGAUAACUGCUGUGAAUCAAAAUCAGGUUUUAAACUGAAAGCUCUCUAAUGUCAAACCUUUCAUUUGAACUCAAAGAACGAAUAAAUUCUUAAAGGUGCAUAAAGGAGUUUGCACGUUUUAUGCGAAACAACGGCCCCUGCAGGCCUUGGGCGUAACUGCAGCUUAUUGAAACACUCGGGCCUGUGGCUUGCGUCCAUGUACGUGCACGGAAGAGGGGAACUCCUUCCU